AUGUCUCGCUUCCACCAGUACUACUCCGACCACUUGGUUGCCAUCCACAACGGCCUCCGCCGGGAAUUGAAGAGCCUCCUCCAAACCAUCCCCAAAGCCACCCAGCCCACAGCCGUCAAGAACUCGAUGCGCAACGUUCUCCAAUUCUGCCGUCACCUCCAGGGCCACCACGACCUCGAGGAGGCCGUCAUCUUCCCCGCCUUUGCUGCUGUCACCAACAUCUCGCAUUGGAGCCACUCCCACAGGGAACUCGACCAUACGCUGGAUGUCAUCCGCAAGUUGGCCCAAGAGGGCAUUGACCAGAACGGCCUCGAGUUUGAUGCGCAAAAGGCGACCCUCUUUGAGCAGCUCGAGAACCUGUCGGACAUUGUCUUGCCUCACCUGAGGGACGAGGAAGACCUUAGCAAGCCCGAGGAAACCAUCAAGCUCUGGCCCAGCGAACGCGACAUGCGCCGCGCUUUUCCCUGGAUGGGUUAA